CGAGCGCGCAUCUGCCUUCCGUCAAAAGUGACAGCUGCGUCCAGCGGCUCCCCAGUGAACGCGGGCAUUGUUAUCUAUAACACACUGAGCUUCAUCAUCACUGUGAAAUAUCGUCCUGUUUGAGUCAGUUUACUGCUUUUUAAGUUUUUUUUUAUUGUUUUAAGAUGUUUCGUUUUUUUAAGUAAGCAUCUCCUUGGGUGCGCAGCGACAUUUUAUCUGACUUGCGGCGUUUCUGAUGGUCGUGAGAAGAACACGCGCAAAUUAUUCGCCUCACUUUCAUUCAGAUUCAUUCGCAUCAUUCGUCUGUGUUGUUUAAUGCUGUUUCCCGUGCACCAUGUGUUGGAGCUCCAGCAUCUCCUCACCUUUAUUUCCCAGUCAUUGAAAGACCAAUAGAGAAACCACGAGCUGCUCCAUACAGUAAGUGUCUCGGCUCCGUCCACGUGCGAAAAUGCCUGUGCGCCGUGGACACGUCGCUCUCCAGAACACCUAUCUGGACACCAUCAUCAGGAAAUUUGACGGACAAAACCGUAAAUUCCUAAUAGCCAACGCCCAGAUGAAAAACUGCGGGAUUAUCUACUGCAAUGAAGGCUUCUGUCAGAUGUUUGGUUUCUCGCGAUCGGAGAUCAUGCAACAGUCCUGCACCUGUCAGUUCCUUGUGGGGCCGGGCACAAUGAAGAGCGCCCUGGCACAGGUGGCACAGGCCCUUCUCGGAUCAGAGGAGUGCAAAGUGGAGAUCCUCUAUUACUCUAAAGAAGGAACUUGUAGGCCGUGUCUGGUGGAUGUUAUUCCAGUAAAGAAUGAGGAAGGAGUUGUUAUCAUGUUCAUCUUAAACUUCCAGGAGCUCUUAGACCCCUCCCUGAAGAAAGGUGGCAUCAAACAGCGUGUGACAAAUAGCUGGCUACGGGCAGGUCAAAGGCGUAAAAUAAAGUUCAGAAUGCCUUCCCUCCGUGUCAGACGCCAGUCGUCUCUCCCAAAAGACCACUUUGAGGGCGUGGUGGUGGACUACUUACAGCCCUCUACUGAUGAGGUUGUGCUGAAGGACCUCCAGAUGUCAUCUCAGGAGAGCUGCUUAAAGUCAGAGACCCAGGCCUUGAUUCAGCAGAACCCCUCCGCCUGUGACUUCCCCUCUCCAAUGUCACGGCCGUCAGAUCGGUUAGACCCCAACGUACCUCAGCUCAAACACAGCCGCUCCAGAGAGAGCAUCCGCAGUCUGCGCAGGGCUUCCUCGCUGCAUGACAUAGACGGCAUGAGGGACCAAUGGAACGAUCUGAAGCCCAGUAAUCUAAAUUCCACCUCAGACUCUGAUCUAAUGCGGCACCGCAUCCCUCAGGUGACGAUUUCAUUUGGCUCUGACCGUCUCAGACCCCCGUCACCCACAGAGAUUGAGAUCAUAGCACCCAGCAAGAUUAAAGAUCGCACACAGAAUGUCUCGGAAAAGGUUACGCAAGUCACCCAGGUUCUCUCACUUGGAGCAGAUGUGCUCCCCGAAUACAAGCUCCAAGCUCCACGCAUUCACAAAUGGACCAUUCUCCACUACAGCCCGUUCAAGGCAGUAUGGGACUGGAUCAUCUUGCUUCUGGUGCUCUACACAGCCGUCUUCACUCCCUACUCUGCGGCCUUCCUCCUCAAUGAGCAGGAGGAUGAGAGGAGGCGCACCUGCGGCUACACCUGCAAUCCUCUCAAUGUAGUCGACUUGGUGGUGGAUGUCAUGUUCAUCAUUGACAUCCUCAUUAAUUUCAGGACCACAUAUGUGAAUCACAAUGACGAGGUGGUCAGCAAUCCAGUUCGGAUAGCUCAGCACUAUUUCAAGGGCUGGUUCCUCAUAGACAUUGUUGCUGCGAUCCCAUUCGAUCUGCUUAUUUUCAGAUCGGGAUCAGAUGAGCCUCAAACCACCACUCUGAUUGGCCUGCUGAAGACCGCACGGCUGCUGCGAUUGGUGCGCGUGGCGAGGAAACUGGACCGGUACUCUGAAUACGGUGCGGCAGUGCUCUUCCUCCUCAUGUGCACCUUCGCGCUCAUCGCUCACUGGCUAGCAUGCAUCUGGUAUGCCAUCGGUAACGUGGAGCGCACCAGCUCCUCGCGCAUCGGAGGUAUGAAGAUCGGCUGGCUGGACAACCUGGCCGACCAAAUCGGCAAGCAGUACAACGAGAGCGAUAUCGCCUCUGGCCCCUCCAUCAAGGAUAAAUAUGUAACUGCACUGUAUUUCACCUUCAGUAGCUUGACCAGUGUGGGAUUCGGAAAUGUGUCUCCGAACACCAACCCUGAGAAGAUCUUUAGCAUUUGCGUCAUGCUCAUUGGCUCUCUGAUGUAUGCCAGUAUCUUCGGCAAUGUUUCGGCUAUAAUUCAGAGGUUAUAUUCAGGAACAGCUCGCUACCACACUCAGAUGCUACGUGUGAAAGAGUUCAUCAGGUUUCAUCAGAUCCCGGGAGGUCUUAGGCAGCGGUUGGAGGAGUAUUUUCAGCACGCCUGGUCCUACACUAAUGGCAUCGACAUGAAUGCAGUGUUGAAGGGUUUUCCAGAGUGUCUUCAGGCUGACAUUUGUCUGCAUCUAAACCGCAGUCUGCUGCAGAACUGCAAGGCCUUCCGCGGGGCGAGUAAAGGCUGCCUGCGAGCUCUGGCCAUGCGAUUUAGGACCACUCAUGCACCACCUGGAGAUACUCUAGUGCACAGCGGAGACGUUUUGACUGCUCUAUAUUUCAUCUCCAGAGGAUCCAUAGAGAUCCUUAAAGAUGACGUGGUGGUGGCCAUUCUAGGUAAGAAUGAUAUUUUUGGAGAACCCCUCAGUCUGUACACCAGGCCAGGCAAAUCAAGUUCAGACGUGAGGGCUUUGACCUACUGUGACCUACAUAAGAUCCUGAGAGACGACCUGCUGGAAGUGUUGGACAUGUAUCCUGAUUUCUCCGACAGCUUCUGGAGCAACCUAGAGAUCACGUUCAACCUUAGAGAUGCAGACAGAAUCUUCCAUCCAACCCCAAGCGAGGACUCACAUUGUGCAUACCGUCGGCGCAGAAACAGAAGGAACCCCUUGCAACGCAAUCGACCUGACGGUAUGGACCGAGAUGGAAUGAACACAUACCCGGUCCAGAAGUGUUCUCCUGUGGGGAAUCAUCGGGAGGCGAUACCACACUCACAUUGGGAUGAUUUAUGCAGUAAUACCAGUGCUGCCUCCCUGUCCAGUCAGGAGGACAUGAAGCCACUCGUAUCUGGCCAAGGAGAGAUGGAUUCUCCAGAGUCCGAGAGGCAAGAAUACUCCCCUUGUGCAGUCAGCCUUCUGCCACAUAGCAACAACACAGCUUCUGGCAUAGGUGGACCACUGGGAGUGCCACAUCCGUAUACAGCAGCUCCUCUCAACGUUUCUGGGUUAUAUGACUAUUUGGCAGACCGCAGUCAGUUAUCAGAGAGUCAGAGACGCUCAUCCACAGUACAAGCCUGUUUUCAUCAACACAGCUCUUGUACUGAUCCUGAAAAAUCAAACCACCUGCAGGUCCGCCUGGACAAAUUACAGUCACAGCUCAACAGACUAGAGACAAGGAUGACAGCUGAUAUAAAUGUGAUCCUGCAGUUACUACAAAGACAGAUGGCACCUGUGCCCCCUGCUUACAGCGCUUUAACCCCUGAACCGCUAGUCCAACCAACUCACCCUACCAGCCUAUACACCACAACACCUCACAACGCUACACCCUCUGUACAAAUCACUGACAGCCAAGCAUCACCUAUGAGUCCUGAUGUGGAUAGCUCCAAAAACAAGUCUCCAGACUCUUUGUCCAGUGGGAUCCAUCUGACAAUAGCAUCAAACGACACCAUGUCCAUGUCCCCAGAAACUGAGACAGAUCUGACUGUGCCCACAGGAGCGAGUCCUCCCCCUGAGCCUCAUCUUGAGCCCACCAGACUGCUGUAUAGAAGCCUGCACUUCCCCUCGCUCCCAGAAAACCUGGAGAGUCCAAAUACGCAAGAGGGCUCGGCAGAAAUCCUUAGGCACGUGUCUGAUCCAGGCUUACCUGGCAGCUAGGGGCCAAAACCAGACUUCUGUUUGUUCUGCUGUGUUUUGUUUGUGGCCUGAGCACAGCCUUCCAACAAUGCAUAUAUAUUUUCCACAUUUUUAUGGUUUUCAGCUUAACAUUGCACUAUUUGCAAUACAUCUACGCUUGUCAUGUAACUUGUCUUAGCAACAUUAGGUCUAAAGACAAUAGUGGAUCCAACAUGGUGCAUUUUCUCAAGAUAUUUUGUUUCAUAUCCCUUCUCAUUAGAAGCAGGAGUUUUUCCUCGGAUGCAGUAAAAAUUUGGUAACAAAUGUCAGUGUUUGUUAUCGAAUAUGAAAAGAAACACAAUGCGCAGUAAGACAAGAUUACUGCUUUACGAUCGACCAUCAUUUUCUGCUAUUAUAAUUGUAAAUGUAAAGUUUUUUAGCAUUCUUUAUUUUUAGAUAGUAAAUUCUGAGGCAGCGACAAUGCUGAGACAUUUCAAUGACAGUUAAACAUGUCUGGGCGGUUUUCAACACUUUUGUGUAUUGAUAUAUUACAGAAGUGCAGGAAAUUUCUCAAUGUAUAUUUU